AUGAAAUUCAUACCUAAGGAUUAUCAGGCACGGCUCAUCGCAAAUGCAGGUCCCAUACAGCUAAUCUACGAUCGCGCUUCUAAAGUAGCGAAAGCCAGCAUCCCUCACAAUUUCCACCUUCACGUACAGCAUGCCUGUUCGCUGGAAGAGCUCUAUGACCUGCAACCUGCUCUGCGAGGUGUGGUCACCUCAACCGACGUGGUGCAGGUCACUAGCCCCGUAAAAGGCAUGAAUUUUCUUCAGGCAGAACUGCCUGAUCUAGGCACGUUGAGCAAGAUCUCGACCGGGAAGAAACCUGAGCCGAGACUCGACGACGAGUGGAACGAAGGCUUCUCGGGUUCGCACUUCUAUGUCAUCACCUCCACUACACCUGCUCGCGGGCAUAACGAUACGGCUAUGUAUCAGCUGCGCACUCGCAUGAUCGAAGGCUCUUUCGAAGAUCCGGCUACAGGUUCCGCAGCCUGCGCUUUGACGAGCUAUCUUGCGCUCAAAAACGCGUCAAGUAGAAUCUCGCAUUUCGAGCUUACACAAGGCGUCGAGAUGGGCCGGGAAUCGCGCAUCGAGGUAACAAUUACCCUGAACGCUAACCUGAAGUCGAUUGAACACGUUGAGCUGGCUGGCACGGCUGUGCAAGUUAUGGAAGGGAUUUUGGAGCACCAGAUAUUCGAAAUGGUCAAUUUGGCUACCGGCUUCCAAAUAAGCGCUAGCUCCUAA